AUGCAAAAUUCUGAAGAGUAUAAUGACGUCAAUAUUAACGUAGCUGUACAGACGGAAAAUGGGCUCUACGUUCCUGACGCAGACAAGAAAGGACUCUCCAAAAUAACGGAUGAGGUUCGGUUAUUAGCACAAAAAGCAAAAGAGAACAGCUUAAAACCAGAAGAUUAUGAGGGAGGAACAUUCACAGUCUCCAACUUGGGAGGAUCCUUCGGCAUCAAGCAGUUCUGUGCCGUCAUAAACCCACCUCAAGCCGCCAUUCUAGCAGUUGGAUCUGCCGAGAAGAGGGUCAUCCCUGGUAAUGGAGCCGAGCAAUUCAAGUUCGCAUCAUACAUGGCUGUAACGCUGAGCUGUGACCACCGUGUGAUAGACGGUGCCAUUGGAGCUGAAUGGCUUAAAGCUUUCAAAGGGUACAUAGAGAACCCUGAGUCUAUGUUGCUCUAAGCGUUUCCUUCCUCCUGUUUGAGAAAGCCUUUUUUUUUUGUACCAUUUUGUUGUUUUUUCCCCUCACUAUAUGGUUCAUAUUUCAUGAAGUUUUCUUCUUGUAAUAAGAGGUGGGGUGCGUUGUUAAAUUAACACCCCCUGUCAUUGCUUUCUUUUAAUUUUUGUUUUCCGGUU